UAGCCUAUCUCCGUACUAGGCAUAGCAAUUGUAAACUUAAUCAGGUUAAAGGUCGUAUCAGCUCGCGAACGUUGUAUUAGCCAGCUGUCAACGGUGUUCAUUUUCCCGUUGUUUUAAAUUAAAAUUAAGGAAUUAGAUAUCAAUUAACACAUGUAAUGGAAUAACACUUUUGUAGAAUGGAUUAUUCUGUUCGAACAAGGAAAAAGAUGAAGGAAAAAGCACAUAUGGUGAAAAGAGCUUCAGUUGGAGCAGAGUUACAUCACCUUGAUGAGGACAAAAGUAUAACUACAGAUCCAGGGGAAAACAGCAAAAGACGAACACUUAAAUUGAUCAAGAAACAGAACUCUUGGGGAUUUACAUUGCAGACAUAUGGAAUUAAACACAAGAAGACAAACGAGAUAGAAAUAAUGACAUAUGUGGAUUACGUAGAGUUUGACGGGGCAGCCUGGCUAGCUGGAAUGAGAAGAGGGGACGAAAUCCUGUCAGUGAACGGAGAGAAAGUUGUUGAGAUAGCUCAUCAACAAUUGGUGAAUAAAAUCCGACAGGCUGGCGAAACAUUGAGACUAGUGGUGCUCUUUGAAGAUUGUUGUAGAAAGGUAGAUCUUCAUGAAAGGUUUCUCAAACUGAAGGCUGUGUUAAAGUCAAAGUACCAGGAGCUGAAGGAGAUAGAACAGAAAGAGAUGCAGAUAUUGGAAAAUUAUUGCCAGUCGAAAGGGCUGAACAGGUUCGAGCAGAUCCGACACAGCAUUAUGAGUAAUGGGUCGUCAAACAGUGACAGCUGGGACGCAUAUAGUGUGAUUUCUUCUCCUAACGGAAUGUUGUCCACAGGUAAUUAUACACACAGUCAGUGGUCCUCUGUGACAUCAUUGAAGAGUUACUCUAUCGGAGACACAUCCAGCAUAUACGAGGAUGACUGUAGCUAUAUUGACUCGGAGUCAGACAGUGACGGCAUCACCUUCGGGAACCCAGUCAGCAAAACUAAUUCCGAUUCUGAUCUUGUGAUGAAAUCCGGCACUGCAGACGAGAGAAGGGUCAAGGACAUUGCUAAAUUUAGAACAAGGUCAUCUGACAGCAGACUGUACAGAAAAUCACCAAAUCUGUUAAUGCGUGGUCCGAACUUGGUAAAAGAAACAUUUAAAGCGGAAUCGUUGGAUAGCAUUGUUGAUGAGGUUUUUAUAAAAGAAGACGACAGUGAAUCCGCAAAGAAUGCUACAAUCUUACCUAAACAUAAAAUGUUUUAUAAAGGCGAGAAUGGAACAAUGAUUGUUCCAAAAAUUUGUAUCGACGGGGAAGAAAUGUAUACUACUUUUGAUGAGAUAGACUCGAGAGACAGUGAAAAUGUGCAAAGUAAUAUCCCUGAAAUACACCAAGAUAAAAUUGUUGCCAUAGAAAUUGCGAAAGAAAUGGCUAGAUUAGAUAAACUAGAAGCCGAAAGACAAAAAAGUAUAUCACAACAGCGAAAUGAAACUGGCAGUCCACAUGAAACUGAUACAUGUGCUAGUUUUAUAUUGUCGGAACAGUCAAAUAAUGAAAAUAUUAAACGUGACAAGAACUCACCAGAUUUAAGCCGUAAACUUACAAAAACAAGUACUGGUGCUGUACAGGAAUUGAAAGACAUUCAGUCAAAUGGUGCUAAGUUAAAAUAUUCGACUAGUCUUAAACAAAAGGGAACCACUUCACCAAGGACAGGCUCACCGAAAAGUGAGCGAAGUAUAAUUCCAGGUAUAGGUGGCAGCAUGUCUUACGAACAGUUAAAAUCAAGCGUGCCAGAUAUACGUGUAUCUUUCCAUACAGACGAGUGUGAAGUGAUCUACAUCAAUGAAAAAGAUGAGGUCACCAAGUUAUGAUACUUAACAAAACUAUGUGUUAACAUUAUCUGUACAGCCAAAUAGAUAAAACAGAAAAUAAUGUGAUAUUGCUCAUCUAUUAUAUAGCAUAUUUAAGAUGAAAUUCACAUUGUUAGUAGAUUUGGUAAUGUGUAAGAUCGAAAUAGCCACAAGUGAGAAUUUUAUCUUACAUGUAAAACAAACAUUUUCUUUUCUACAGUAUUUUAUUUCAUGUGUUUUAAAUGGUUUUAACCAAAUUUUACCACUACAUAUUCAAUUUUUUAUAACUGAAAAACGUAUGAAAAUAGUUAAAAAGAUGUAUGUUUGAAAAACUUUUAUGGAAUCUUCAAAGAUUUAUUUUAUUAGACCAAAAGAAAGAACAAUGCAGUUUAGACCUUUUUUAUUCAGGCACAGCAGUUUGUUUUUGUUCUGGCUGACCAAAAGCUCCUUUUGCACACAAGAAAACAAGACAAAAAACAUGAAUUUUAACAAGACUUUUGACAUCAGAAUUAUUACGUCAUAGCAUCAAACAGCAUAGUAGCAUGCUGGAAAAGAAACAAACAGAAAACAGGCAAAUAUUUGGUGAAUGUUGUUAAGGAUGUACACAAUAAUCCUUGGUAACAUAUUAGAAUUGAAAAAAUAUAUCUCAAACAGUGGUUUGCUAUUGAAUAAAAUCGUAGUUUCUCAUUUAAUUCAUAAAUUCUAUGAAAAUAAAAUGUUCCACAUUAAUGAUUUGACAGUAAAUUUUGUAUUACCUGUAUGUAAAUAUCAGUUAUGCGUCAGUACAGUUUUCUGUUGGCAUAUAUUAUGUAAGAAUUAGUUUUGUAAUUUUGUGAUUAACUCCUUUAAAAGGUACGAGAAAAUGUAAAGACUUUGCCAUAAAAUACGUGCCAUUAGAAUUCAUAGAAUCAGAGAAACAGUAUUAAGUAAUUUUAAGGUGACAAUAAAAAUUAUUGUCUUUGUAAUUGAGGUGGACCGUGGAGAGAUUUGUCUUUUACAGUAAAUGUACAGUUUGUUUUCCAUGGUACAAUAUUUAAUGUACACUACAGUAUCCUCUAGUUCUCAUUGAAACCUCUGUUUAAGACCAUAUAUGAUCGGGGACCAACUGACUCUAAAGAACGUUAAUUUCAUUUCAGAUUUAUACAUGAAUGUAGUGAUAUCCUGUUGGUUAAUUUUUUUUAACUAUUUGUUAAUGUUUUUUACAAGAAAAAUCUUGAAACGGAGGGCUCAUAUUAUUCUGCAACUUAAGACUAAAUAAUUGUAAAUAUUUCAUUUGCCAUAAUUUUGUUUAUUAGGCAAAAUUAAUAAUUGAGCCGUGCCAUGAGAAAACCAACAUAGUGGGUAUGCGACCAGCAUGGAUCCAGAUCAGCCUGCGCAUCUGCGCAGUCUGGUCAGGAUCCAUGCUGUUCGCUAACAGUUUCUCCAAUUCCAAUAGGCUUUAAAAGCGAACAGCAUGGAGCCUGACCAGACUGCGCGGAUGCGCAGGCUGGUCUGGAUCCAUGCUGGUCGCAAACCCACUAUGUUGGUUGUUUCAUGGCACGGCUCAUAUAAACUGAAUCAGAUGAACUUUCUGUUUUAAAAAGGUGUACAAUCAUAGCUUCAGUCUCAACACUCUGGCAGACUAAACACUACAUUAAACACACAUGCAGACCGUACACUCAUGCAGACUAAACACAAGUUUGUGCACAUUAAAACACUUGCAAUUUAAACACUUGUGCACAUAAAACACUCAUGCAGACUAAACACUUGUGCACAUUAAACACUCGCAAAUCUAAACACUUGUGCACAUUAAACACUCAUGCAGACUUAAUACUUGUGCACAUUAAACACUCAUGCAGACUAAACACUUGUGCACUUUAAACACUCAUGCAGACUUAAUACUUGUGCACAUUAAACAGUUGUGCAGAUUAAACACUUAUGCACAUUAAACACUCAUGAAGACCAAACACUCAUGCAUACUAAAGACUUGUUCACAUUAAACACUUGUAGACUAAGCACUCAUACAGUGUAAACACUCAUGAAAAAUUAUCACUUGUAGAGAAUAAACACACAUGCAAAAUAAACACUAAACACUAGUGCAGAUUUAACAGUCAUGUAGACUUAACACUAAAAUGCAAAGUUUUAUCAUAAUCUAUACUACACAGGUACUUUAAGAUUGGCGUAGCUUAAAGAAAUUUUAACCAUUCUGAAGGCUAAAGUCCAAAUAUCAGAAUUCAUGUGUUGAUGAAUAUGAGCCCAUUUUGUCAGUUACACAACGAAUCUUUUUAGUACUUUCAAGGAAAAAGGUUUUAAAAAAAAAGAUUUGUUUGGCUCUAUUUUUUUCAUAAAAAUCCUCUUGUCAUAACACAGUAAAACCAAGUUGCUAAAAUGUCAUGGGGAUAAGCAAAAUUCCUGAGUUGUCAGGAGUUCCUAACAGAGAAAAUAGUGGAAAAAAACGGCAAGGGACCACACAAUUUGCUCAAAGCAGCUCGGAUACUGGGGUCAUUGAUGCUCAAGUGAACAAUGUUUCAUUGAACGUAGGAAUGUUUUUCUGUGUUAAUCACACAGUAAAGAAAUAGGAUUUUAGCUGCUGUUUACAUUAUAAUCAGUAUCAGUUUAAAAUGUUAAAAGCAUUUGCCCUAUUGUUUUGUAUUGAAAAUUAUGACAUUUAUAUUGUAUGAACAAAUAGGAAAGGGGCCAAUUUUAGUUAUGACUAAGCUGCUUAUUGAUAAGGGACCGCUGUUUUGAUGAUGUCUGCAUAUAGUCAGGGAGAACGUUCUUUAGAUGAUGUUGCAGUUGUUCUGUCUGGUGAACAGAAUGGCUGGGAAGCUGAUUUUAAUGUUAAAUGCAACAAAAUGUGUGCAACAUAUACUAAUAUAACCUUUUUAGCUCACCUGAGCAAAAAGUGCUCACGGUGAGCUUUUGUGAUUACCCUGUGUUUGUCGUCUGUCGGUGGCGGUGGCAACAAUUUGACUAUUAACACUCUAGAGGUCACAAUUUUGGCCCAAUCUUAAUGAAACUUAGUCAGAAAGGUACCGUCAAUAAAGUCUUGUUUUUACGAGUUUGAUAUUGGGUCAAAUUUGAAUCUUGGUUAGGUGGGGUCAAAAACUAGGUCACCAGGUCAAAUCAGAUAAAAAGCUUGUACCGGUAAGCAAUCUAGAGGCCACAUUUAUGACCAUAUCUUAAUAAAACUCAGUCUGAAUGUUAAUCUUGAUGAUCUUUAGGUCAAUAGGUCAGGUGAGCGAUAAAGAGCCUUCAUGGCCCUCUUGUUUAUAAAGGAAAGGAAAAAUAACCUUAAUAUAAAAAUUAAUUAAUAGUUUUGGAGUUCAUGCAAAAUAAAGAACAUAAUAAGAUCAGCAAAAGAAACAUGAAUUGCUAGCGUGAUUCAUGGAUUUCCAGUUCCUAUUCUAUUGUUCAUUUCACAUGAACUCCGGAGAAAAAAGAUUUCAUUUCUUAAUUAUAUUGAUUAACCAUGUUUUAUCAAAUUUACUGUCCUUUUUUAUCGUCAUAGGUUUUGAUGAGCAUUUUGAAUAAUGCCUGUUUAUAGGCUAAAUUGUAUUUGUAGUAAUCGAUAAUGUAAUUAUUAUUGAAAAUGCUGGCCAUUUUCAGUGAAAAUAAUGGUUCACAAGUUGUUGAAAGAAUUAUUCCAGAUUCUAGUUAUAUAUGUGAUUUUUGUAAAUAUAUGAUUGUACUAGUUUGUUACCAUUCCAAGGCAUGUUUAAAUGACUUGAUUUUUUACAUCAUAUAUUUCACACUCAAUGCUCUAUCAACCAUCCAUGUAGUUUUAAAAGUUUAUCUAAUUUCAUUUUAUAAAGUAUAUCACUUGUUAGUAUACUAUUUUAGUAUAUCUAUCAAAUAAGUUUUUAAAGAAAAAUGUGUAUAUUGUUGUUUUUUUUUACUGUAAUUAAGACUGCUUCAGAAAAUUAUUGUGUGGGCACUUCUUUAGACUUUUUUUUUGUUAUUUAAACAAACUUUGAUAUCUGAAAUGAAAUUUGUCAAGAUGUUCCUUAAAACAGGUUUCUUGACAAUUUAUUGUUUUCCGUUACUUGUUGCCGUUUUAUUAAAUUUUGUUAAAGCCUGUGAUAAAAUCACUUAAAAUACUCAUUUCUCAUAUUUCAUAGCAAGGACUGAUUUUUCUUAUGAAAAAUUUUCUGAUUACAAGAAAGAUUUAUUGUACCUUAAUUCUGUUUUUCACUUGCAAAAAAAAAAAUGGAUAAAUUGUGCAUGGAAUAUUUUAUGUUUUAGUUUUAUGUCUUCCCUUACAGAAGAAAAAGGCCUGCUGUGUACUCUUGCUGUGUACAUACAGCAUAUAUGAUGCGUACAUGAUGUGUACUGAAAUCAAGGGCUUUAAACAGUACGCAGGAUAUACACCGCACAUACACCGAUAGUACGUUUGUAGUACACUUUUGACAUGCAAAUGAGCUCUGCCGCGUACUACUUGCUGCGUACAUGCUGUGGACUACAUAGUACACAGGAUGUACGCUGGAGGAAUUUAGUAUGCGGGAAAUAGUACGCAGCAUGUACGCGGCACAUACACUUUUCACAUGCAAAUGAGCCUGCGGUGUACUACCCCUGCGGUGUACAUGCUGUGUACUCCCGGCCCGAGUCCUGCAGCAUACAUGCUGUGUACUCCUGCUGCAUACAUGCUGUGUACUCUUGUGGCGAAACUGCUGUGAUAAUCAUAAUGUAAAUUCCUUACCCCACCAACUUUCGUAUGCAAAUGCUGAUCAUUUAGACAGAAAAAAACAGAAAAAAGAUAAGUGACAUGCAUCAAUAAAUAUUUACCCUUACCAAAAUAAUGUAGAUUGAUGUUAUCAAAUAAAUUAGUAUGCUUUUCUUCAUCCACUUUUCAAUGAAAUAAAUCAUUUUUAGCUCAUCUGAUUUUUUGAAAAAAAAUGAUGAGUUAUUGUCAUCACUUGAGCGGUUGUCGGCGUCGGCGUCUGCGUCGGCGUUGCCUGGUUAAGUUUUAUGUUUAGGUCAGCUUUUCUCCUAAACUAUCAAAGCUAUUGCUUUGAAACUUGGAAUACUUGUUCACCAUCAUAAGCUGACCCUGUACAGCAAGAAACAUAACUCCAUCUUGCUUUUUGCAAGAUUUAUUGCCCCUUUUGGACUUAGAAAAUCAGUUUUCUUGGUUAAGUUUUAUGUUUAGGUCAGCUUUUAUCCUAAACUAUCAAAGCUAUUGCUUUAAAACUUGCAGCACUUGUUCACCAUCAUAAGUUGACCCUGUACAGCAAGAAACAUAACUCCAUCCUGCUUUUUGCAAGAUUUAUGGCCCCUUUUGGACUUAGAAAAUAUCAGAUUUCUUGGUUAAGUUUUAUGUUUAGGUCAACUUUUUCUCUUAAACUAUCAAAGCUAUUGCUUUGAAACUUGCAACACUUGUUCACCAUCAUAAGCUGACCCUGUACAGCAAGCAGCGUAACUCCAUCCUGAUUUUUGCAAUAAUUAUUGCCCCUUUUGGACUUAGAAAAUCAUUUUCUUGGUUGAGUAUUAUGUUUAAGUCAACUUUUCUCAUAAACUAUCAAAGCUAUUGCUUUAAAACUUUCAACAGUUUUUCACCAUCAUAAGUGGACACUGUACAUCAAAAAACAUACUCUAUCCUGCUUUUUGCAAGAAUGAUGGCCCUUUUUAGACUUAGAAAAUCACGGGUAGGACAAUAUUUCUAUCACACAAAAAAAAUCAGAUGAGCGUCAGCACCCGCAAGGCGGUGCUCUUGUUUGUAGCAUGUAAUUUGGUAAACAUUUGAAGAAAAUGGCGUAACUGCAUCAAGGGGAAACAACUUUAAUGCAACUAAAUAUAAGUGUUAUGAUUUAUUAUAGACGAUGUGUGCGUAGUAUGUAUUUAUUUUGAUUAAAAUCCAUCUGAGAACAAUCUAGGACUGGAAUUGUAUAAGCAUUUAUACGCUUUUACGUCUGUAAAAAGUAGCGCACCAAAAAAUGUUGCACUGAUUUUUUCCAAUGGGGCGAGCGCAAUUAGCCAAAAAUGUUCUGAAAAUAUACGAGUGGCAAAUCCGAUGAACAACUUUUUAAUUUGGUGAGGCCUUAAUGAGUUAACAUAAUGAACAUUAAAGCCUUUAUAAAACAUGAUAGAAUGGUGUUUUGCUUAAGAGUAUUCAAAUAACAGUGAGAGCUAUUUUAAAAUUCGGGCGCUGUUGAGGCAUUAUCUUGGAUAUUAUUUCAUGUAUUACAAAAUGUAAUGCAAUGAAGUUCAAAUAAGGCUUUUCAAUUAUCCAGGUUAGAAAGCUCUGGGAUCAAUUCAAAAUGAAAAAGAAUAUAUUUUUACACUGCAUGCAAGGUGCAGCUCAGAAAUCACUAAGAUGUAAGCUUCACAAAUGAACAUUGCAAAUAGUUUGGCAAAUUUUCAUUGUUCAGAAUACCGGUAAUCUGAACUAUUCUAUGCUAUUAAGAUAAAAGUUACUCGAAAUCAAGUUCUUGCUUCCAAAAAAAAAAAAAAAAAAUGUACAAAUCCUUCCUGCAUGAAGUGUACUUCAGACUUUUACCUAAAAAAAUUCAAAGUAUAAACACCAAAAGAAAAUGAACAAGUCCCUCCCGCAUAUAUGAAGUUUACUUCAGACUUUAACUUAUACAAAAAAAAAUAAGUAUAAAUGCCAAAAGAAAUUGUACAAGUCUUUCCCGCGUAUAUGAAGUGUACUGCACAAAUUUCAAAGUAUCUGCGGUGUACAUGCAGUGUACUAUUUUCUUGUACAAGUCCCUCCUGCGUACAUGCAGUGUACUCCUUAAAUUUUCAGAGUCUGUGCUGCGUACUUGAAGUGUACUAGUGACCUCCUGCGUACAUGCUGUGUACUCGUCGAAAUAGUACGCGGCAUGUACGCGGCAUGCGGUGUAUGUAAAAUGUACUCCUCUGGCGUACUACUGUGUUCGCGGCAUAUACACAGCAAAUACACAGCAUGUACGCCACAGAGGCUUGCUUCUGUAAGGGUUUAGUUUCAAUACUGGUACAUCUGGUAUAAAAUUUUCAAAUGAGCCGCACCAUGAGAAAACCAACAGUGUGUUUGCGACCAGCAUGGAUCCAGACCAGCCUGCUCAUCUGCAGUCUGGUCAGGAUCCAUGCUGUUUGCUUUUAAAGCCAAUUGCAAUUAGAGAAACCGUUAAUGAACAGCAUGAAUCCUGACCAGACUGCGCAGAUGUGAAGGCUGGUCUGGAUCCAUGCUGGUCACAAAUGCACUAUGUGUGUUUUCUCAUGGUGUGGCUCAAAUGUUUUUCCCUUCAUCAUAAUAAAGUUGAAACGCGAUAUCUCGAACUCACUUACCUCUAAAUUCAGGAUAUCUCUAAGAUAGACUGGCUCCCAGACUAUGAUAUAUCUUUUUACAUUUUUACGACUGAAUGUAGUGAACUGAGCCAGUCUAUAUCCUAUGUCCAGUAUCAUAAUCUUAACAUUGUUACUCUGUAACUGUAUUUUAAGUUUGAAGAUUUUCCCUGACUAAUAUUCAGAGUGAAAGAAGAAUGGUUUUUGCAAGGACCAUAUUUAUUUGAUAAUGAAGGUGAUACUUUUCCCAUUGAAAUGGAAGUUCAAGCUAUAUAAUUAUAUGUGGUUAUGAAAUUAUGAAGAUUCUCCCCAACUGAAUUUACUUGGUAAUAAAGUUCGACACUUUU